AUGUCUGAUCCAAGCGUGACUGAGCGCAGAAUUCGCCCGAUACAGGAUGCCAUAGCAACCUCUAACUGGAAACAGGCGCUCCAGGCCUGUGAUAAAUGGUCAAAGAAGGGCGAGAAGUCCGAUAGAUUCCAGGCUCUAAGAGCAUUUGUUCUCGUCAGCCAUCCUGAGCCAGCACAUCAUGCUCGCGGCCGAACAGAGGUCCUCGGCCUCUGCACGCGCAAGCCCCCAGUCACCGAGCCCGAAGCCAUAUAUCAACUGCAGGAUGCACUGAAGGCUCUAGCUACAGAAGCUGAUGACGAACUCAUGAAGCUAUGGGAAAGGGCCACAACAGCUAAACCAAAUGACAAAGACCUGCUCAUGCGCUGGAUCAAUCAAGCCAUUGACUUAAGCGACUGGCGCAGUGCUCAAAAGGCCGCCAUGGGUUUGCGAAAAUCAUUCCCCCAGGACCGAAACUACGAGUUCUGGAACAUCGCCAUGUGUUACCUGAUAUCCAUAGAGAGCAGCGUGCCAGAGAAAGACCGAAUACUCUUUGGGACUCUGGCAUACAGGAUGAUAAUCAAAGCAGUAGAGGCGAUUCCGCCCAGUCAGGACGAGAACUCUGCACCUGGAAAAGGACUCGCAACUCCAGAAGAAGUGUCGUUGCUCGUUCAAAUUCUCAACUCGACUGGUCGUCCUCAAGAGUCUGUAAAGCUACUGCAGAGCGAAUCUCUGAACUCGAAGUCUGGGAUUGGAAAGCGAGAUACUCAACUAAUAGCGCUUCUGCUGUCUCAGUCUCUCGAACAGUCAGAGCAGUGGGAGGAAGCGUUCUGCUAUUGCCAUGAGCUUUUGUCAGAUCAGUCCUGCCAGAGUGAUGACCGGAUUUGGGGUCUUUACCUUACAGCACUGUCCCACUUACCCUCGGAGAGCUUUCGACCGAAAGCAAAACAGAUGCUCGAUGAUGCCUGCGCUGCUAAGCCGUUUUCGAGAUCCUCACAUAUGGCGAUGAUGAAGUUCUUGCAAAGCGAGCAAGGAGACGACCAUUUGGAAGAACUCCUUCGCAUCUGUAAACUGUACGCCGGCGAAUUUUCUGACAAAGCUUUUUGCUUCGAUGACAUGAAAGGGGCUCUACGUCGACUCGAUAAAAACCGGUUGGAUGAUUUCACCAUAUCACUCUCCCGUUCCACUGGGCUUCUGGCCGACUUAUUUAACUUCAAAGUUGACUAUAGUUUCCUUCCAGCCGACGCACCUGACCAAGAACUCAUAGGUUUUGCCCAACGAGCUCUGAUGCUUUUUAAGGAAGCUGAAAAGGCUGGCAAACCUUGUCCAGAAGCGGCGUUCCUAGCUGUAUUGGCUGUACUUCGGCUUUCGUUGAAGAAAGACUGCAACGAGCUUGCGUUGUUCGCUCUGACUUUGCUUGAAAUAGGACGAACCAAGUACGGAGACUAUUAUUUAUUCACAGUCUUACUGGUUCAUCUGCAAGUGCAUCUCGGCCUCAUGUCUCUGGCAAUGAGUACGUUCAAGCGGCUUUCUAUUAAGAACAUGCAGUGGGAGACUGUCGGGCACCUCUUCUUGACACGAAUAUCAACCUUGCAUCCUGCGUCGAAUGGUGCAGGCGAAGAAGGCUUCGAUCCUUCCAACGCCAUCAGUACUGGCUUGACAAUACUAGAGAAUGCAGAUAAUGCCCUAGUCCGAGGAAUUCGAGGGGGUCUCAAUCACGGCAGUUAUUCCAACAUCCACAACAGCGUCGUUGUGCGUUCUCAUAUCGAAAACAGUAUGAAUCGACAGGUGUUCCUGAUUGAAGAGCGGAAGCUUCUCAGACAAUUAGGAAUCCUGGAAGACACCGUCUUGCCGCGGCGUCCAUCAAACCUUGUGGAUAAAAGAGACUUCAGUUACCUCCCAGCUUAUCGGGACGACGAUCCUGAGCUGCUAGCAAGCUUCAGAUGUGGUCCUCUACCGAAAGAAAAGUGGAUAACCGCAAUGUCUGUUUUUGAGAAUGUGGCGACAUAUCUAGAGGCGCAGCUAACCUCGCAACCGGCAUUGUUGACCAAGGUCUCCGAAAACUUGGACGAUGCCCUGACACAGCUCGAAAGUGUCUGUGACAGUCCCGAGAACACAGAUCUCACCAAACAGGAAACCUCCAACUUGGCAUGCUACAAGCUUCUCGCUCAGGCCGUACUUUUCAUAAAGGACGGAUCGGCGACGCAAGACCAAUGGAAGGAUGUUCUGUCUCAGCUCGGUCAAUGGCUUUCCAAGACUCUCGAUGGGCGGAAAAGAAAUCCCUCUGGCUUGUCGGUGGGCGAUGUACGCGUGCCCGUCUGGGAGGAUCUACACAACAGCCUCAGUCAGCUGGAGACACUCAAGGUCGUGGCCAUGUUGCUGGGCGUUUCGUCGAAACCGUCAAAAAGAGCCAAGGGCAAAGCCGUCGGCCCGAGCAAGGAGGAGCUCGGUGAAGUACGAAAACUUGUCUCGGAGCUGGAAAAACAGAUCCAUGACGAUGCGCGAGACAUGAGAGAACAGGUCACUGCGGCCGGUGUGCUGGGCAAAUUGGUUGAUGUAGGCUUCGGCCGCGAAGGCGUCCCCUCGGAGCUCGGGCAGAUAGUCCAGGAAUUGUGCGCCGAGGCUUGGAUGGAAAACUACUGUGGGAACAUGAAAGAGAGUUGGGAGGAUGCUGUCAAUGGGGUGUUGGCCGUCAAGGUCAAGGUGUACUCCUGA